GCGAAAUUCCUUCAAUUUUGCAGCUUUCACUCACUUAAUUUUUUGUUCCCAGAAGUUUUUAAUCCACACUAGGCCUUUUCACUACAUCAUCUUGCCAGCGUUGCCCUUCACCGUCAACACGGGCAACUGAUUACUUAUCUCCAAGCAAAGGGAACUCCCUAUUUCGCUCCACACAGCCUCCAUCCGUCAAUACGGUAUGUCUGAGGAUUGGGACUCUGUCACCCGUAUCGGAAGUAAAGUCCGUGGUGGAGGAGGCGGCGGUCUACGCGAGACAGUUGUCAGAGGACGAUCUGCAUUGAACGCUGCUGCCCGGUCCGGUGCGAUCAUCGGAACAGAGAAGAAGUAUACCACUGGGAACACUGCAUCCAAACCUCAUGUAGAGGGACAACAUCUUACGAAAGUCGACCGAAGCGAUGAUAUUAUCCCGCUGCAGGCCGUCGGUGAUGAGGUCGGCAAGGCCAUCCAGCGCCGCCGCAACGAAGAAGGCUACAAGAUGACACAGAAGGAGCUCGCUGCGAAAUGCAACACGACACCCGCUGUCAUAGCCGACUUGGAGCAGAACAAGAAGGGGGCGGAUAAAAAAGUACUACCCAAAAUUGAGAACGUGCUUAAUAUUAAGCUCACCGGGCGUGAUAUUGGGAAAGAGAAGUUUCCGAAGAAGAAGAAAUGAGGGAUUACUGGAGGGUGAGGCUCUGGAUCCAAUUACAACUGUCUAAGAUGGCACAUGGUGUGUGUGAAGGAAAUUAUU